AAGGGCCCGCGCCGAGCGACCGGUUCCUGUCGGGAGAAAAGCGAUGAAGUCUGUGUGUGAUCCCUCGGCAAACUUUUAUGGCAUGCUUGGCGUCAGCAUGUCCAUCGUCUUGGCGAACUUGGGGGCGGCCUACGGCACCGCGAAGAGCGGGGUGGGCAUCGCAAACCUGGGAGUGAUGCGACCGGACAUGGUGAUGAGGUCCAUCAUCCCGGUGGUUAUGGCGGGAGUGCUGGGAAUCUAUGGGCUCAUCACCGCGGUGAUCAUCAAUGGCAAGAUCCAUCCCCCUUCCUACUCCGCCUAUUCAGGCUACGCGCACCUCGCGGCAGGCAUCACGGUGGGCAUGAGCUCCCUGGCCGCGGGCAUGGCCAUCGGCGUAGUGGGCGACGCCGGGGUCCGCGCCAACGCCCAGCAGCCUAGACUCUUCGUGGGCAUGAUCCUCAUCCUGAUCUUUGCCGAGGCGCUGGGCCUCUACGGGCUGAUCGUGGGCCUGGUGGUGGCGUCCACUGCGGAGGGCAAGGGGAGUGACCUGUGCAUUCCCUGGGACUCCAGCAAGUGAGCUUCUGCGGUGCGCGCUUAGCGGGUCGAGUUCGCGAGUUCGAGUUUUGGUGUCGCCUGGGACCGGGGAGA